CAGUUUCAAAUAUUUAAAAAAUAUAUGCUAUUAUAGUAACGUUAUAGAUGUUAAUUUAGAUGUAUAAGUAGUGCUUCAGUCUGUGUUUAAUAAGAAAUAUUCUAACAGUGGUGGUUUUAUUCUGGUAAUUUUGAUAAACGAUUGGUUUAUAGAACACUCGGAAAAGUGCUUAUAUCUUUAGGCCUUUUCAAACAGUUUGAAAUAAUUUGGAUGGACUUGGAAGUAGUGCCGCAUUCUUGGAACUUUUAAGACCUAGUGUAAUUUUUUAGUUCAAUUUAUUUUUGUUAUUUGGAUUGAUGGUACAGCUAUUAAUCUGUUUCCAAAGACAGAUUCCUUAUAGUUAUUAUUCCUUAUAGCAUAAUGUUAUUAGUAACACCGAUUACGGUGGAUUAGCAGCGUGUCACCUGUAUUUUUCUUGUGUUAUUUGACAAUCGUGCUGGAUUGUUCCCGCAACAUUUUAUAUCAGAACACUCUUACUCGCCUCCCCGUUAUAAAAAAUGGCUCCCGUUAGAGACGUUAUGAGUCGGAGGUAUAAACGUUUUUUAGCAAUCGUAUCAUUUCCCGUUCUUGUAUACAUGGUUUUCUAUCAAAACAUCCCAGCCGUGCAGUUCAUGUCGCAAAUUAAAGAAAUAGAAAUGGUAAACAGAGACGGUGUAUUGGUACCUUACUUACUAAACAGUGACUUAAUACAGAAAUUUAUAGAUGAAAUAGAAAAAGAAAACGUGACGGUGUUUUUGAUCGAACCCAGAAUUUUGAAUGUGAUAAUUCACCUGACCAACGAAAUGACCAUUGAAACCAAUAAUUUACAGAUAAACAGUGACAUUAACGAUACACAUUUUGUCUCUUUUGGUGUGACGACGGAUAUAGACUCAGAUUUUCAGAAAAUUAAAUUUUAUGGCUUGAAACAAAAUGGUUUUGAAAAUUUUAAAGUGAAGGGUGUCACGUCUCGACCAGAAUUCCACCAAAAUAAUCUUUCCCAUAUAUUCUUGUAUCAUCAACUGAGACCACUGUUACUCCACCUGGUGGUAUUUUAUAACAGGGGAGAUAACUUUAUUUGGAAUGACAGAAUUCAUCUUGUUAACCCACCAGAUUGGUUGAAGACUGAUCAGCUCAGUUUUGGACACAAUGCUUCAGGAUUUAACAAUCUAGAGUUAACCCAAACUAGACUCGGCGAUUUAACCCUCUUGGCGCCGUCCAAUAUCAGCCGAUUCUUACUCCAAGAUAUUCCAGAAUCAAGAUUCAUUGAAUGCAAUGAAACAAGAGUAAAAGAAUUCUAUAGAGCUAAUCCUGGAUUUGAAGCUACAGAGACUGGAAGGAAUCGAGCUAUGAGGGCUUCCAAGUUAUUGAAAUCAUUAAAAUCUACCAUGGACGAAGUUGGAGUUAAAUACUGGCUUUCAAGUGGAACACUAUUAGGCUGGUUUCGUCAAUGUGGAUUUAUCUCUUAUACAAGUGAUAUGGAUUUUGAAGUUUAUAUCAAAGAUUACACUCCAGAUAUACUGACGACCUUUAAAUCUCACGGUUUCCGCCAAAGGCGCCAGCUCGGUAGGUUAAAUGAUAGUUUUGAGAUGACAUUUAAUAAACAAGGGCUAACAAUGGAUGUGUUUUAUGUGUAUGAAGAACCGGACCAUAUUUGGGUUGGCGGUGUUGGAUUACGAGGCGAAAAAUACAGGUUUACCUUCCCUAUUAUAACCCUAUGUUGGGGUGAGCUAUUGGGCGUGGCUGUCCGUGUACCGUGCGACACGCCGAACUAUCUUGUCACUGUGUACGGGACCAACUGGACGGCGCCCGUUACUCGAUGGCGCUGGUCGGAGAGCCCAAGAAAUAUCAAAAAAGUAGGACAAUGGACACGAGAAGAAAUGAAAGAGACUAUGAAGUAUAUGGGAUAGCAAAAGAAAAUUUUUUUUACGAGCAUAACAACUUAAUUAGGUUCAGAAGAAUCCUCUCCACCAGCUGGUCCAUGGACAAAAUCUCUUUGUAAUGAUAUUUCCCGGAUUAUCUGUACCAAUGAGAUGAUUUAUUAAUGGUCAAGGGAAUUACACAUGCCGACCAAGAAUAGAACUCUCAACCACUAUUUGUUCAUUAAAUGAGACUUGGUCCCUUUUAUAAGACUAUUCGAACCAUUGACGCUAAAAACAUUGUAAUCGUAGCAUUGAAAGUUUUGGAAUAUUUCUAUGAUGACUACAUGGUAUUGGGUGAUUUAUCGAGUAAAAGGAUGAAUUUCUAGUGAACUAAAAUCGGUCUGUAGAGUUACAGAUUUAUCUCCCUUGGUAUAUAUUUUGUAUUGUCAGUUUUAUUGGGUUUUAUUACCAUAUAAAUAUCUGUUGGUUUC